ACGCUUCCAGGGAUGCUGGGCUGCUAUUGGCUGGUGCGGGACGUCAUUUCCGACUGGGUCUCGGCGGUCGCUGAAGGUCGAGACGAUGGCUGGUCGCCGAGUGGCACAGAAAGCCAUCGACUGGGUGGCAUUCGCAGAGCAUGUGUCGCCUGACAAUCGCAUCAAGUUUAAUGCCCUGAAGACCAUCAGUGACACCAUUUCGUCCAGGUUGACCUCCCUGCCAGAGAAGCCCCCAGCCAUUGAUUGGGCAUAUUACAAGAAGACAAUUGCCCUAGCUGGCUUAGUGGAUGAAUUUGAGAAAAAGUUCAGUGCACUAAAGAUUCCUAUGCCAGUGGACACUGAGACGGCCAAGAUUGAUGCCCAGGAAAAGGCAACGGAAAAAGAUGCCAUUGCGUAUGUGGAUGCCUCCAAAGCUCGUGUUGUGGAGUACGAGAAAGAGCUGGAGAGAUAUCGAAACAUGAUUCCAUUUGAGCUGAUGACUUGGGAGGAACUGAAUGAAGCUUUCCGUGAAACCAAACUGGACAAGGAGAAGCAUCAGUACUGGCCGCACAAGCCCAUUACAGAUAUGUAAACUGCACUGCCAAGUGGGUUAUUCACCAUUAAUAUUCAACUCUAGAGCCUGUUAAAUAAAGUAACUACAAAGGACUUCA